GAUUAGUGACCAAUCAAGGCGCGUACGUAUUUUCGCCCUUAGGUUGUUCAUUAUCUUUGAGAAUGUUACCAUCAGCUAAAGGUAGGUGUAUAAUCAAUUGCUUAGAGUGGUGAUUUUCAUAUGACUAACGUGGCGUUCUUUCUCUCACAUCAGCCAGAGAAUGGCAACAACUUCAGUCGAAGAAGUUCUCGGAAAAACGCAAAUUCGGCUUCGUCGAAACUCAAAAAGAUGAAAUGCCACCAGAGCAUGUUCGUAAGAUCAUCAGAGACCACGGCGACAUGACCAAUAGAAAGUUUAGGCAUGACAAGCGUGUGUAUCUCGGUGCAUUGAAGUAUAUGCCACAUGCAGUGUUGAAGUUGCUAGAAAAUAUGCCUAUGCCCUGGGAACAAAUCAGAGAUGUCAAGGUACUGUACCAUAUCACCGGGGCUAUUACAUUUGUUAACGAAAUACCUUGGGUUGUUGAACCAAUCUAUGCUGCUCAGUGGGGUAGUAUGUGGAUCAUGAUGCGUCGUGAAAAAAGGGAUCGUCGUCAUUUCAAACGCAUGAGAUUCCCACCUUUCGAUGACGAAGAGCCUCCACUUGAUUAUGCCGAUAACAUACUUGAUGUAGAACCUCUAGAGCCAAUACAAUUGGAGUUAGAUCCGGAAGAAGAUGCUACCAUUAUUGAAUGGUUUUACGAAAGAAAUCCCCUGGUAGAAUCAAAGUAUGUCAACGGCAUCACUUACCGACGUUGGAAUCUACCUCUGAACAUAAUGUCCAACCUUUAUCGUCUGGCCAACUCUUUGUUGACUGACCUUGUCGAUGACAAUUACUUUUAUUUGUUUGACCUCAAGUCAUUCUUUACGGCUAAGGCUCUGAACGUCGCUCUUCCUGGAGGUCCGAAGUUUGAACCCUUGGUCAAAGACAAAACUUUAGAGUAAUGUGUUUUUUUACUAAUGUUUUGAUUUAUAGGGAUGAAGAUUGGAAUGAAUUUAAUGAUAUCAACAAGAUCAUCAUUCGUCAACCUAUUCGUACUGAAUAUCGAAUAGCGUUCCCCUAUCUUUAUAAUAGUUAUCCAUUUCAAGUGCAUUUAUCAUGGUAUCACACUCCUAAUGUACUUUUCAUUAAAACCGAAGAUCCUGAUCUCCCAGCUUUUUACUUUGAUCCUCUAAUCAACCCCAUAUCUCAGAGACAAGGUGUAAAGGCUCCAGAGUUACAGCCAGAUGACGAUGAAACGUAUGAACUUCCUGAAGGGUUCCAGCCGUUUCUUGCCGAAACUCCUCUGUACAGUGACAACACAGCUAACGGCAUCGCUCUUUUGUGGGCUCCAAGGCCAUUUUGCUUAAGAUCAGGGUCUACAAGACGGGCUAUUGAUAUUCCUUUAGUCAAAGCUUGGUACAGAGAGCAUUGUCCUUCUGGUAUGCCUGUGAAAGUUCGUGUUUCUUACCAAAAGCUGCUGAAGUAUUUUGUUCUUAAUGCCCUACAUCAUCGUCGACCAAAGCCUCAGAAGAAACGUUACUUGUUUCGUUCCUUCAAGGCUACUAAGUUCUUCCAAAUUACUAGUUUGGAUUGGGUAGAGGUUGGACUACAAGUGUGCCGUCAAGGAUACAACAUGCUUAACCUUCUUAUUCAUAGAAAAAAUCUUAAUUAUUUGCAUUUGGACUAUAACUUCAACUUGAAACCAGUAAAAACCUUAACUACCAAAGAAAGGAAGAAAUCACGGUUCGGCAAUGCUUUUCAUCUUUGUCGGGAGAUACUUCGUUUGACGAAACUCAUCGUAGAUAGCCAUGUUCAGUAUCGCUUGGGAAAUGUCGAUGCUUUCCAGUUGGCAGAUGGUCUUCAAUACAUUUUCUCACACGUUGGACAGUUAACUGGAAUGUACCGUUAUAAAUACAAACUCAUGCGUCAAAUUCGGAUGUGCAAGGAUUUGAAACACGUAAUUUACUACCGUUUCAACACUGGACCGGUGGGUAAAGGUCCGGGUGUCGGGUUCUGGGCACCGGGAUGGAGAGUAUGGUUGUUUUUCAUGCGCGGCAUAACCCCAUUACUGGAGCGUUGGUUAGGAAAUCUCUUAUCACGCCAAUUUGAGGGAAGACAUUCCAAAGGUGUUGCCAAAACUGUCACCAAACAACGAGUUGAGUCUCAUUAUGACUUGGAACUGCGCGCCGCCGUUAUGCAUGACAUACUGGAUAUGAUGCCCGAAGGUAUCAAACAAAACAAAGCUAGGACUAUUCUACAACAUUUAGGCGAAGCAUGGCGUUGUUGGAAAGCUAACAUUCCAUGGAAAGUACCAAAUAUGCCAAUCCCUAUUGAAAAUAUGAUUUUACGUUACGUUAAAGCCAAAGCUGACUGGUGGACCAAUACAGCUCAUUACAAUCGGGAACGCAUUCGGCGAGGUGCAACUGUUGAUAAAACUGUUUGUAAAAAGAAUCUGGGUCGCUUAACUCGACUGUAUCUUAAAGCGGAACAGGAGCGACAACAUAAUUAUCUUAAGGAUGGUCCCUACGUAACUGCAGAGGAGGCUGUCGCCAUCUACACAACAACUGUACAUUGGUUAGAAAGUAGGCGUUUUUCACCAAUUCCUUUCCCACCUCUAAGUUACAAGCAUGAUACGAAGUUGCUGAUUCUCGCACUUGAACGUCUCCGAGAAUCUUACAGUGUCAAAAACAGGUUAAAUCAAUCUCAACGAGAGGAACUUGGUUUGAUUGAGCAAGCUUAUGAUAAUCCACACGAAGCCCUAAGUCGCAUAAAGCGACAUUUACUUACUCAAAGGGCUUUCAAAGAAGUUGGAAUUGAAUUCAUGGAUCUUUACAGUCAUUUAGUGCCUGUCUAUGAUGUUGAGCCCUUGGAGAAGAUAACAGAUGCUUAUUUGGAUCAGUAUUUGUGGUAUGAAGCCGAUAAACGUCGCCUGUUUCCUCCAUGGAUCAAACCAGCUGACUUGGAGCCUCCACCUUUACUUGUGUACAAGUGGUGCCAGGGUAUUAACAACCUAAAAGAUGUUUGGGAGACUGGUGAGGGUGAAUGUAACGUUUUGUUGGAAACGAAAUUUGAAAAAGUUUAUGAGAAAAUUGACCUUACAUUGCUCAAUCGUCUCCUGAGAUUAAUUGUCGAUCACAAUAUUGCAGACUAUAUGACUGCUAAAAAUAACGUUGUUAUAAAUUACAAAGAUAUGAAUCAUACAAACAGUUACGGAAUCAUCCGCGGUCUGCAGUUUUCAUCAUUUAUUACGCAGUAUUAUGGCCUUGUACUGGACUUGCUAGUUUUGGGUCUCGAGAGAGCAGCUGAGAUGUGCGGCCCUCCGCAAAUGCCAAAUGACUUUCUUCAGUUCCAGGAUACUGCCACAGAAAUCUCUCAUCCUAUUCGACUGUAUUGUCGGUAUGUUGACCGUUUUUGGAUGUUCUUCCGUUUCUCAGCGGAGGACGCUCGCGAUCUCAUUCAGCGUUAUCUAACAGAGCACCCUGAUCCAAAUAACGAAAAUAUUGUGGGUUACAACAAUAAAAAGUGUUGGCCACGUGAUAGUAGGAUGCGCUUAAUGAAACAUGAUGUCAAUCUUGGUCGUGCUGUUUUUUGGGAUAUCAAAAACCGUUUACCGAGAUCUGUUACAACGAUUGAUUGGGAUAGCAGUUUCGUCUCCGUUUACAGCAAAGAUAACCCUAAUUUACUGUUCGCAAUGUGUGGGUUUGAAUGUCGUAUUCUACCAUCUUGCCGUUCACCUGGUCAAGCUGCAGAUGCCAAUCUUCCAAGUGGCGUAUGGCAUCUACAAAACGAGGUAACCAAAGAGCGUACUGCACAAUGUUUCCUUCGAGUGGAUGAUGAAUCAAUGCAACGAUUCCAUAACAGAGUCAGACAAAUUUUAAUGGCCUCCGGAUCGACAACUUUCACCAAAAUAGUGAACAAAUGGAAUACGGCUUUAAUUGGUUUAAUGACUUAUUAUCGCGAGGCAGCAGUAAGCACUGUCGCAUUAUUGGAUCUGUUGGUGAAAUGCGAGAACAAAAUACAAACACGUAUCAAAAUUGGAUUAAACUCAAAAAUGCCUGCUCGUUUCCCUCCAGUAGUCUUUUACACACCGAAAGAACUUGGUGGUUUAGGUAUGCUCAGUAUGGGUCACGUUCUUAUUCCACAGUCUGAUUUACGCUGGUCAAAACAAACUGACGUUGGUAUUACUCACUUUCGUUCAGGCAUGAGUCAUGAUGAGGACCAGGUUAUUCCAAAUUUGUUCUCUUACAUCUUAUCAUGGGAGACGGAGUUUCGCGAUUCCCAGAGUGUUUGGGCUGAAUAUGCGUUAAAAAGACAAGAAGCAAAUGCUCAAAAUAGACGUUUAACGUUGGAAGAUCUCGAAGACAGUUGGGAUCGUGGUAUUCCCCGGAUUAAUACUCUCUUCCAAAAAGACAGACAUACACUGGCUUACGAUAAGGGGUGGCGUGUACGGACUGAGUUCAAACAAUAUCAAGUUCUUAAGCAAAAUCCAUUUUGGUGGACGCAUCAAAGACACGAUGGAAAGUUAUGGAAUUUGAACAACUAUCGUACGGAUAUGAUCCAGGCUCUAGGUGGCGUUGAAGGUAUUUUGGAGCACACCUUGUUUAAAGGAACUUAUUUCCCUACAUGGGAAGGUCUUUUCUGGGAGAAAGCCAGUGGUUUUGAAGAAUCAAUGAAGUACAAGAAGUUGACUAACGCUCAGCGAUCUGGGUUGAAUCAAAUACCUAAUCGACGCUUUACAUUAUGGUGGUCUCCAACUAUCAAUCGCGCUAAUGUCUAUGUUGGUUUCCAAGUACAACUUGAUCUAACUGGUAUUUUUAUGCACGGCAAAAUUCCAACUCUGAAGAUCUCACUCAUCCAGAUAUUCCGAGCUCACUUGUGGCAAAAAAUUCAUGAAUCUGUAGUUAUGGACAUUUGUCAGGUGUUUGAUCAGGAACUUGACGCUUUGGAAAUUGAAACUGUCCAAAAGGAAACAAUCCAUCCUCGAAAGUCGUAUAAAAUGAAUUCCAGCUGUGCAGAUAUUCUUUUAUUUGCCUCCUACAAAUGGCCUGUAUCUAGGCCAAGUCUGUUGGCUGACUCAAAAGACCUUAUGGAUGGAACUACCACUCAGAAGUUUUGGAUCGAUAUUCAGCUCAGAUGGGGUGAUUAUGAUUCCCACGAUAUUGAGCGUUACGCCAGAGCAAAAUUUCUGGAUUAUACCACUGAUAACAUGUCCAUAUACCCUUCUCCAACUGGUGUUAUGAUUGCGAUUGAUCUCGCUUACAAUCUGCAUAGUGCAUAUGGAAAUUGGUUCCCUGGCUGUAAACCACUCAUACAACAAGCUAUGGUAAAAAUAAUGAAGGCCAAUCCUGCUCUAUACGUGUUACGUGAACGCAUUCGUAAAGCAUUACAGUUGUAUUCUAGCGAACCUACUGAACCUUAUUUGAGUUCACAAAACUAUAACGAAUUGUUUUCCAACCAAAUUAUAUGGUUCGUUGAUGAUACAAAUGUAUAUCGCGUCACUAUACAUAAAACUUUCGAAGGCAAUCUUACGACUAAACCUAUCAAUGGUGCUAUAUUCAUUUUCAAUCCACGCACAGGGCAGCUUUUCUUAAAGAUAAUCCACACUUCAGUUUGGGCAGGACAAAAACGUUUAGGUCAGUUGGCCAAAUGGAAAACAGCAGAAGAAGUUGCUGCACUCAUCCGUUCCUUGCCAGUUGAAGAACAACCGAAACAAAUCAUUGUUACUCGCAAAGGAAUGUUGGAUCCUCUGGAAGUACAUCUUCUUGAUUUCCCUAACAUUGUUAUAAAGGGUUCCGAGCUUCAACUGCCUUUCCAAGCGUGCCUAAAAGUCGAGAAGUUUGGAGAUCUCAUAUUAAAGGCAUCAGAGCCACAAAUGGUCUUAUUCAAUUUAUAUGAUGAUUGGCUCAAAUCUAUUAGCUCUUACACAGCAUUUUCACGUCUGAUUUUAAUUUUACGAGCUUUGCAUGUCAAUAAUGAUAAAGCUAAAAUUGUGCUUAAACCGGACAAAACAACAAUUACUGAACCCCAUCAUAUUUGGCCAUCCCUUAGUUCAGAUGAUUGGAUCAAAGUAGAAUAUCAGCUGAAAGACCUUAUUUUAGCUGACUAUGGAAAGAAAAACAAUGUUAAUGUGGCUUCCUUAACUCAGUCGGAGAUACGAGAUAUUAUUUUGGGUAUGGAGAUUUCUGCUCCGUCACAACAACGUCAGCAAAUAGCGGAAAUUGAAAAACAGGCCAAAGAACAAUCCCAGCUUACGGCAACCACAACAAGAACUGUCAACAAACAUGGUGAUGAAAUCAUCUCAACCACAACAUCAAACUAUGAAACUCUCCAUUUCAGCAGUAAGACGGAAUGGCGCGUUCGUGCUAUCUCAGCAACGAAUUUGUACCUUCGGACAAACAAUAUAUAUGUCAGUUCGGAUGAUAUUAAAGAGAAUGGCUACACAUAUAUUUUACCUAAAAAUAUUUUGAAGAAAUUUAUAACCAUAUCAGAUUUACGAACUCAAAUUGCAGGCUACUUAUAUGGUAUUUCACCUGCUGAUAAUUCCCAAAUUAAAGAAAUCCGAUGCAUUGUAAUGCCACCGCAAUGGGGUACUCAUCAAACUGUUCAUCUACCCAAUGGUCUACCACAAGAUGAGUAUUUAAAAGAAAUGGAGCCACUUGGUUGGAUUCACACUCAACCAAAUGAAUUACCGCAGUUAUCACCUCAAGAUAUUACUACCCAUGCAAAGAUCUUCUCUGAUCAAGAUGGAGAAAAGACCAUCGUCAUAACAUGCAGCUUCACUCCUGGUUCGGUCUCACUUUGUGCACAUAAACUGACUCCUGGUGGCUAUGAAUGGGGUAGGCAAAAUACUGACAAAGGUAACAAUCCAAAGGGUUAUAUGCCAAGCCAUUAUGAAAGAGUACAAAUGUUACUAUCUGAUAGAUUUUUGGGUUUCUUUAUGGUGCCGCCUCAGACAUCAUGGAACUACAACUUUAUGGGUGUACGUCAUGAUCCUAAUAUGAAGUACGAACUACAACCUCUCAAACCGAAGAAAUUUUAUCACCGUAUCCAUAGACCUUCACACUUUUUGAACUUUACAUCUAUUGAAGAGAAUGAACUAACUUUAACUGACAGAGAUAACCCCUUGGCAUAAGUUGAGUUUUAUCACCGUAUUUUGAGUCUACUUUAUUUCCAUUUUGUACAUUAAUCCUUGCGAUUUCUCUUCUCCUCCUCACUGUACUUUUACAUAAAUUUAUUCGAACG